AUGUCUUCCGCUACCACCGUCACCAAGACCAACAUCGGCGUGUAUACCAACCCCAAUCAUGACUUGUGGAUUGCGGAGACCGGCCCCAAAGUCGAGGAUAUUCAGAGUGGCAAGGGUCUGAAGCCUGGCGAGGUCACUAUUGAGGUUCGCAGUACUGGUAUCUGCGGAUCCGAUGUUCACUUCUGGCACGCCGGCUGCAUUGGCCCCAUGAUUGUCACCGGCGACCACAUUUUGGGCCAUGAAUCUGCCGGUCAGAUCGUUGCGGUCGCUCCCGACGUCACCCACCUCCAGCCCGGCGACCGGGUCGCCAUCGAGCCCAAUGUUAUCUGUAACGCCUGCGAGCCCUGCCUGACUGGACGUUACAACGGCUGCGAGAGGGUCGCCUUCCUUUCCACUCCUCCCGUCGAUGGACUGCUCCGUCGCUAUGUCAAUCACCCUUCCAUUUGGUGCCACAAGAUCGGCAACAUGAGCUACGAGGACGGUGCCCUCCUGGAACCUCUCAGCGUGACUCUGGCUGCCGUUGAGCGCAGCGGGCUGCGUUUGGGUGACCCCUUGCUCAUUACGGGUGCAGGUCCCAUUGGUCUGAUCAGUCUGCUCAGCGCUCGCGCUGCCGGUGCGUGCCCCAUUGUCAUCACCGAUAUCGAUGAAGGUCGGCUGGCCUUCGCCAAGAGAAUCGCCCCGGAGGUGCGCACCUACAAGGUGGAGAUUGGCAAGUCGGCCGAGGAGUCCGCAGAGGGUAUCAUCAACGCCCUGAACGAUGGAAAGGGUUCCGGCCCGGACGCUCUCCGCCCAAAGCUGGCGCUAGAGUGCACUGGUGUUGAGAGCAGUGUCAAUUCCGCCAUCUGGAGUGUCAAGUUUGGUGGUAAGGUGUUCAUCAUCGGUGUCGGCAAGAACGAGAUGACUAUUCCCUUCAUGCGCCUAAGUACACAGGAGAUCGACCUGCAGUACCAGUACCGCUACUGCAACACCUGGCCCCGCGCCAUCCGUCUUGUGCAGAACGGCGUUAUUGACCUGCGCAGCCUGGUCACACACCGCUUCGCCCUUGAGGACGCUCUCAAGGCCUUUGAGACUGCUGCCAAUCCCAAGACUGGCGCUAUCAAGGUGCAGAUCAUGAGCUCUGAGGAAGAUGUUAAGGCCGCCAAUGCUGGCCAGGCGGUCUAA